UGAAAUUUCAUGUUAGUCAUAGCAUUGACAGUAUUUCUCAUUCAGCAAAAGAAAGAACUUUCCAGACCUAUGUGUCUGAAUUUUCCCUAGCUGUGAGAUGCAAAGUGAUAACAAAAAGCAGUGUUAUGGGGUGUGAAAAAGGCUGGAGAAGUCCCCUGUUAUUUAAUAACAUUGUCUGAUUAGUGUAUUGUCAUCUCAUAACUACUGGAAAUUGGCACAUUGGAAGCAUGAGGCAAAUCAGAGAUCAGCUAACAGACUAAUGCUCCACACUGUCACAUAAUAACAAAGCUGACACGGGAACAUGUUUGGAUUAUAAAUCAGAAACACUACAUAAGACUAAGGGUAUUUCAUUUCUUUGUAGACUAUGGAGAAACCUUUUUAAACUACGAAGCACAGGGAAUUGCGAUGACUGUGUGCCCUCAAGGCUCAUCCAAGCGGGCCUGUUCCUUCCUGGAAAUUCAGCAGAAAGUUUGCAUUCAUAGGUUGCUGAAUCUUUUCCAUAUUAAUGGAUGACAUUUGGUAUGUGCACUGCAAAUCCUGCUCUGGGACUCUGUGAACUGUGGGGUGCCUGAUGCCUGUAAUCCCCAUUCCCCGCCGUGUCCGUUCUUUCCACGGCCCCCACACAACAUGUCUGCAUUCAGCCUGUGGCCCAGUAAGGACCACUCACUUGGUGCGCACCAAGUACAACAACUUCGACAUCUAUCUGAAAUCCCGAUGGAUGUACGGAUUCAUUCGUUUCCUGCUGUACUUCAGCUGCAGCCUGUUUACCUCCAUCCUCUGGGUGGCGCUCUCUAUCUUGUUUUGCCUUCAGUACCUUGGCAUCCGGAUCUUUCUGCGUUUCCAGUACAAACUCUCCAUCAUCCUCCUCUUGCUGGGGCGAAGGCGGGUGGACUUCAGCCUCAUGAAUGAACUGCUCAUCUAUGGAAUUCACGUGACCAUGCUGCUAGUGGGGGGCCUGGGCUGGUGUUUCAUGGUGUUUGUGGAUAUGUAAAUAAAGUGAGCGCAUGUGGGCUCAGGAGGCAACUCUUACUCUACCCCC